AUGUGUCGCUUGGAGAAAGUUCUGCUAAAGUUGGACGAGACAGGCUACAGCAAGAUCAGGACGAAGGUGAAUGCUUUGGAUGAACGGAUCAAAGAGGUCGUAUGGGAAUUCGAAGAUUUACUCGAAUCCCAUUACGCUGAUCAGAUUCUUCCACAGCUUGAAAGCGAGAGAGAUGGCUCGUCUUUCUUAGUAGAUAUGCAGAGCCUGCAACAGAGUGUCGAUUGCUUCAUCGAGAGGGUGAUGGUGAUGGAGGCGGAGUACGAUGUUGAGCUGCUGAAUAUGCCUGAAGAAGAAGGCGAGCCUCUUUCCUCAAGAAUUGAUUUCAGUGGAAUCAACUCAAACAUGGUUGGAUUAUCUGAUGAAUUUGAACGAGUGAGGGAGUAUCUUCUUCUAGGAGGGAUUUGUUUCUUAUUAACAGGGAUGGCAGGGGUUGGAAAGACUACUCUUGCUAAGAAAGUAUUUGACGAUCCAUCCAUUCAAACACAUUUUGAGCUUCGAGCAUUGGUCAAAGUGGGCAGAAAAUGUAAAUCCAAUGAAACAUUACAAUGCAUUCUAGCUCAACUGGAUCCCAACAAUCGCGACCAAAUGCUUAUCCAGAGAGACGAUGAUGAUAUCGAGAACUUAGUUGGACUCUUGGAAGAUAGACUGAAGGAUAAGAAAUGUCUUAUUGUGUUGGAUGAUGUAUGGCAAUGGGACACACGACUCACGAGUACCUUGCAAGAAAAGAAUGUCCAAUUUUUGGUUACAAGCAGGCUAAGAAUUGAAGAUUCUCCUGUUGUUAUUGGUGUGGUACGCUUGUUGGGUAAAGAAGAAAGUAAGAGAUUACUUGGUGAGAAGGUGUUCGGUGAAAAAGGUUUCCCACCUUACCUUGAGGAAUUGGGAGAAAAGAUUGCACAAAAAUGUGAAGGUCUUCCACUUAUGAUAGUUACAGUUGCAGAGCUGCUAACAAAAGACAACAAGUGUAUAGCUGAAGAGCUCCUAAACAAGGAAGAGCUUAACAAGAGUAUCCAAGAAUAUUGGACCGAGGUAGCUGAAAAACAACAAAGUUCAGUCUUUCUGGAUGCAUAUAAUCAAAUAUCAAAGGUAUUUUUCCCAAGCUAUGACUACUUACCUCAAAUUUUGAAAAUGCCUUUUCUCUAUUUGGGAGCUUUCCCCCCAUAUAGGAAUAUUAGAGCACACGAUCUCAUUUGGUGUGUAAGUGCUGAGGGGUUUUGCGGACAAUUUGGAAAAGAAAAAUUGGAUGAAGUUAUGGAUGGAUUGAGUACGAUGGAAUACUUUGUGUUCGGUAUUCUGAGAGAGCUUUCUCAUAAUUAUCAUCUUCUUCUAUAUGAUUUUGAUACAAUAUAUUGGUUUUCAAAUAAAAGAUGUCGUGUGCAUUCUUGCUGGCAGCACUUGUGUAAGAAAGAAGCUAGUAGAAUCAAGUUUUUGCAUGUCUUACAAAGUUGCGAUGAAGUUAUGGAAGGACAGCGCCGGUUGUGUGCUCAUUCCAACACUUUAUUUGCCAUCAAAGAAGUAUAUGAUUCAAUAAAAAGUGAUUGUUCUUCCACAGUCCGUUCUCUCCUUUGUCUUGGUCCUGAUCACCCUUAUCCAGUGCCAAUACAUGCCAUGGAUUUCAAAUUGCUCAGGGUACUGAAAACUCGUAAUGUCCGAUUUUUUGAUAUGCCACCUGAAAUUCUAAAACUAGUUUGUCUAAAGUAUCUUGCCCUGACUUGCAACAAAGAGCUCCCUGCUUCAAUUUCCACCCUUUUGCACCUUCAAAUCUUGAUUAUUCAUCGACAUGUGGCCAUUAUAAAGCGUGGAGCUCUGUCAUAUAUGCCAAUGGAAAUAUGGGACAUGCAAAACCUACAAUAUCUUGAUGUCAUGGGAAGAGACAUGCCAACCCCCAAUUCUAACUCUAAUGCUAUUUUGGACAGAGUCUCUUUUCUUAUAGGCGUGACUACAAAGAGUUGCUCUACAGAAAUUCUUAAAAGAAUCCCAAAUUUAAGGCGUUUAUCCAUGAUUAUGAUGCAGAAGCCUUAUGAUGAAGACGAUGAUUGCAAUUUAUUGAGUGGCUUGGCUAAUAUCUCAGAGGAACUCCAGAAUUUGAAGGUUCUUUCAAUUGACGUAUUGAACCCUGACAUGAAGUGGGAGACUAUGCUUCCACUUUCAAUGUUCCCAUCAAAUUUAUUAUCAUUGGCUUUGAGUGGUUUAGGGUAUCCUUGGCAGUACAUGAACGACAUUGGUUCGAUGCUACCAAAUCUUGGUGUCCUCAGACUAGAAGAUUAUGCCUUUCGAGGGCCGGUGUGGGAUAUAGAAUCGAGUUGUUUUUUGAAGCUUCAGAACCUUGUAAUUGAGGACACUGAUUUAGUGGAAUUGAGAAGCCUCCCUUGGCUUAAGCUCCUAAGCCUGCGACAUUGCUACAAAUUAAAACAUCUCGAUUGGUUGAGUGGUAACACAAGGGAAACACCUGUGAUUGAAUUAGUAGACUGCAAUCCCUUAGUUUAUGCAUCUGCCGAGGAAAAAUUAUCAGAAUAUCGCUUUGAAAUUCGUAGCUACCGUUCUUAUUUGUGA